UUCCUUAAAGAAAGCUUUAAUAGGUCAAACAUUUUCAAAAGAAAGCUUUUAAAAAAAUACUGAAAUAAAUAGCAGCUAAUAGAGAGCUUUUGGGAGACAACUAACAGCUUUCCUUAGGCAUAACAUUCCCUUUUUCUAUAGACAUAGGUUUCUUGCUAAAACUCUGGCAAUACAAAAGCUUUCUACACAAAAACUUUAAUACAACUGUUGAUAUCUAUGGAAAGCUUUUGGAAGAAAUUAGAUUUGUAUAGACAAUCUUUGACAUACACUUUCCACAAAAACGUUUACCAUAAUUUCUUUUAAAAUGACUCCACCAUUUAAAACACCCUUUUGUAUUGCUUAAAAUUAAUAAACACCAAAAACUAUAUUUAAUCUAAUAAAAUUUCUUAAAUUUAACCAUAACCGAUAAGAUUUUCUUUUGUUAGCAAAGCACUAGGUCUUAAACAAAUUAAUAUUUAGUACAUUUUAACUAGCCGCUAUUAAAAUAUGGCACAAAUAAGACCCUUAAACGAAAUUUUGCAAAAAGCGGCUGCCGAACAAUUGGGUGAAGAUCCUAAACGUUUAGUGGAAGAUUUGGAGGCUCUUAAGACAUGGAUUCAACAACAACCUCAUCUCAAAGCCAAUACCGAUGAUCAGUUUUUAAUAGCUUUUCUUAGAGGCUGUAAAUAUAGUUUGGAAAAGGCUAAAUCAAAAAUAGAUAAAUUCUUUACCUUAAAAACUAAAUUUCCCGAAAUGUUUGCGGUUACGGAUAUAGAUAGUCCCAGAUUUAAGGAAAUCUUUAAAAUGGGUAUGUGGAUGUAUUUACCCACUCCUCUUAAUGAGACUGGGCCUCGCAUUUGUAUCAUGCGCAGCGGUUUAUAUCCAGCCGAUAAGUACUCUGUGGAAGAAAUCAUGGGUGUAGCUAAUGCUGUACAAGAAGUCUUAAUGUUAGACGAUGAUUAUGCCAAUGUUAAUGGUGUGGUAUUUAUUGGAGAUUUUGAAAAAGCCACCAUGGCUCAUAUGUUCCAAAUGACCCCGGGGGUAAUGAAAAAGAUGACAGUGUUUUCCGAAGAAGCCAUACCUUUAAGACCCAAAUCUUCACAUUUCUUCAACACACCCAGUGGUUUUGAUACUGUAUUCAAUAUGGUCAAACCCAUGUUGUCACAGAAACAACAAAAUCGGUUAUAUGUCCAUGGCAAUAAGUUGGAUUCUUUAACCCAACAAAUUCCCUUAAAAUAUUUACCCAAAGAAUAUGGCGGUGAAAAUGGUUCUUUUGAAGAAAUCAAUGCCGUUUGGGAGCAGAAAUUGGAGGCUUAUAGAGAUUAUUUUAAGAAGAAUGCUGAAUAUGGUACCGAUGAGAAGUUACGGCCGGGCAAAGCUAUCGAUUUUGAUAGUAUGUUUGGUAUUGAGGGUUCUUUUAGGAAAUUAAAUGUGGAUUAAGAUUAAGGCAAAAAAAUAUUACAUUUAUAUAGUUUUAUUACCUUCCU